GCCGGGCUCUGCCGGGCGCGGGGCAUACGUCAUCGGCAUCCUCUCCGGACGGCGGAGCCGGACCGCCUUAUCCCCGGGCGCCUCCUCACUCUGCUCCAUUCGCACCGGAGCCGGCCGGCGACGAGAACAGCGGAGUCGCUCGUGCACCAGCAGCACCAGCAGCACCAGCAGCCGGCAUCCACGACCGCGACCCUGACCGAGUCUCCCGGUGACCUGCGCGACCCGCACCUUGCUGCACGCCGACACCAGUUGUUAAUAUUGUUAUCGAGCUUUCUGUACGGACGGGGCCGAAAUAAGAUGUGGACUAGUGCGGAAGAGCGUUGGUGUUGGAGGAUGCGGCACGCUCUGCUCGCGGUGGUCGCCACGGCUCUGCUGGUCGGCGCGUCCCCCGCCGCCGGCGUCCUGCUCCAGGGCGGCGCCCACCCCUGCGCGCGGCCGUGCGUCGCCGGCGCCCGCCCCCUGACGUGCCGCUACGACUUCCUCGUCGAGAACUACCACUCCAUGAGCAAGGCGUGCUACGGCUGCCCCUGGAACGCCACCGACUGCGCGCGCCCCGACUGCAUCGCGGCCGACGGCGUGUCCAGGGCCCUGGUCGUCAUCAACCGCAUGAUGCCCGGCCCCAGCCUGCAGGUGUGCGUGGGCGACCGCCUGGAGGUGACGGUGCACAACCACAUGCCGGAGCAGAGCACGUCGGUGCACUGGCACGGCAUGCAGCAGCGCGGCACCCCCUACAUGGACGGCGUGCCCUUCGUGACGCAGUGCCCCGUGCAGCCGCACUCGUCCUUCCGCUACUCGUUCCGCGCCGACACCCCCGGCACUCACUUCUGGCACUCUCACACCGGCUGCCAGCGAGCGGACGGCGCCGUCGGGCUCCUCACCGUACGCGUGCCCAAGGUCCUCGACCCGCACGGCGCGCUGUACGACGUGGACGUCCCGGAGCACGGGGUCCUGGUGUGGGACUGGACACACACGCCGGCCGCCUCCAAGUUCCUGGCGCACCACCACGCCGGUGACGACAACAAGGCCGACUCGGUACUCAUCAACGGCAAGGGUGUCUCCCGGGUGUUCCGCUCGGCAGACGGCGCGGUCACGACCACCACGCCGAGAGAGGUGUUCCAAGUCAAGCAGGGUCUUCGCUACCGCUUCCGACUCGUAAACGCCGGUUUCCUAAACUGCCCCCUCGAGCUCUCUGUCGACAACCACACCUUGCUGGUGAUCGCCAGUGAUGGGGCCGACGUGAAGCCUGUUCGAGUAAACACGCUCGUGAGCUACGCGGGUGAGCGCUGGGACGUCGUGGUGGAGGCUGACCAGCCCGUCGACAGCUACUGGAUGCGGCUCCACGGCCUCCUGGACUGCGGCCCUCGCCGCGCCCACGAGGCUGCCAUCCUGCGGUACGAGGGCGCCGACCCCACCCUGGACCCCGCAGGCGCACCGCCCAGCUACGACGUGCACCCCGGACUCUCGGGAGGCCUCCAGGUGAACCCGUUGAACCGAGGCUCGGACGACCCGAACACCAUCACCGCGGCAGAGCUGCAGUCUCUGCCCGGUGGCCUGCUGCCCGCCCCGCUCGACGACCCCGCUCUGAAACCCGAGGCCGACGUGCAGCUCUUCGUCUCCUACGACUUCUACGCCGUCGACAACCCGCACAUUCACCGCGCCGGCCUGUACGGCAUAGCUCAAGUGCCCGCGUCGCCGCACCGCGUCUUCACGCCGCAGUUGAACCACAUCUCGCUGAGCCUCCCCGCCUUCCCGCUGCUGUCCGGCCGCGACCGGCUGGACUCGCCGCUGCACUCGCCCGCGCUGUGCAACGAGACCUCGCUGAGCGCCCAGGGCCGCGACUGCGGCCGCGAGUACUGCGAGUGCACGCACGUGGUGCGGGUGCCGCUGGGGGGCGUCCUGGAGAUCGUCCUCGUCGACCAAGGGGUCCGCUACGACGCCAACCACCCCUUCCACCUCCACGGGCAUGCCUUCCGCGUCGUGGCGCUGGAGCGGCUCGGCAACAGCACGACAGUGAGCGAGGUGCAGCGCCUCGACGCGGAGGGCCUCAUUGCCAAGAACCUGGUGGACCCGCCCACCAAGGACACCGUCACCGUUCCCGACGGCGGCUACACCGUCCUUAGAGUGCAUGCCGACAAUCCUGGAUACUGGCUGUUCCACUGCCACAUCGAGUUCCACGUCGAACUGGGGAUGGCCCUCGUCGUGAAGGUCGGCGAGCACGAGGACAUGCCCCCCGUCCCGCGAGGGUUCCCUCAGUGUGGCGACUGGGGCAGCAACAGCUGGAUGGGCGACUCUGGCGUGGACACCAACGAGGACGUGGACGUGGACAUGACGGGUGGGAAUCACAUCGCCAGAGUGCUCGGGCCGCUUUCGAACGCCAAAAAGCCCACCGCGCCGUCCACCAACCCGUCGACAAGCACCACACCACCACCCAUUUCGACAGCGGCUGCCUCCGCCACGGAUGCCGACAGCGCCGAUGAAGUGACUACGGUCGUGGAAGGCAUUCAGGAGGACGCCACCACUGAUCUGUUGCUCGUGCAGGACGACGAGGAGGCGGCGGCGAUGGGCGACAAGUUCCGCUACGACAGCGCCGUCACCGCCCGGAAUGGCGAGGAUAUCACCACGACCCAAAGCGACGCGGGUGACAAAGUGGAGCUUCCGAGCUCUCAGGCGACGGCCCCUUCCACCCCUGCUCCGCCCCCGCCUCCUCCCGUCGCCCCCGCGCGGCCCGGCACUCUGAGCGAGUUCAUCAUGCGGGUGUCGGCCCCAGCCUCGAGCCGCCGGCGCACCCCGGAGCCCCGGCAGGUGUGGGUGCUCUCGGACCCCGCGCGCCCCGACCUGCGCUACAACGUGCUGAUCGAGCCGGCGCAGGCGGGCGCGCCCCUGCGCGGGCCGCGCACCGCGGCCUCGACGGCGACCUGGCCGGGGCUGCUCCGCGAGGAGCCGGCGCUCGCGCACGCCGCUGCGGCGACCCCCACGCCGUGGUGGCCGUCCCUGCUGUCGACGUUGGUUUGCCUGGCUCUAGCCCUGGCUUGAGGGGCAGUCACCGCCUAAUCCCCCUUUGAAGUUGUCCACGCAAUGACCUUCCCGUGGCGUGAUGCGAGGGGACAUUGGGCGCCAAACGUUCUGCUUGCUCGGAGCCUCUGGGUGGGCGGGCCACCGUCUCCGCACAGCUGCUUGGCGGGUUGGCCUACCCAGCGCUCAGCAGGCGCUCUCAAUAGCCUUAGCCUUACCGCGUGGAACGUUCACUGUGGGGACACCUGUACGCCCACCUAUCUCAUCCCUGUGAUACGAAAAACGAUGCGCCCGUUCGCAAAGAUUUCGCCAAAUUGUAGUACCUACCUAGACCAAGAGAGUGUGUAUGACGUAUGACCAUAAAAGUGUGCAAAGAACUCUGCAACACUUCUUGGAACCCAAAGACUUAUUUUAUUUUUAAUGUCUAUGUAUAAUUGUAAAUAUAUUUGACGUAUUUGUAAGUAUGUAUCUCACUGACAACUGAUGGACUGUGAUUUUUAUUUUAUUUUGAUGAAUAAAUGCAUUAUUAUGCCAAUACUA